AUGCUCCCUGCUGAUACAGAAAGAAAUCCAAAAGAGACAAUAAAUGCAGUGUCUUUGAGGAGUGGGCACGAAUUGGAGGAUCCCAUAGCAAAUCAAAAGGAUGAGUCGAUUGAAAGACAUGCGGAGAUUGAGGAAGAGCAGAAAAAUUAUGACAUUCAAAGAGGUGCAGGGAUGGUAGAGGAUGAUCUCAAGAAGAAGGGGAAGAUUAGAGCUCAGAAAAAUAAGAAAAAUGAUAAUUCAACAAAUAAUGAGACUAAAAAGAGCAAAUAUAUGUCAGUGCUUUCUCAGAUGCCCGCUUAUGCUAAAUUCAUGAAGGAGAUAUUGUCCAAUGAGAGGAAAGCGGAAGAGACAUCGGUUGUCAAGCUGACAGAGCAGUGUAGUGCCAUCUUGCAGAAUAAGCUCCCUAAAAAAUGUGGAGAUCUAGGGAGUUUUACUAUACCUUUCUCUUUAGGAAGUACUAAAAUUAAAAAAUCUUUGUGUGAUUCAGGUGCUUCUAUUAAUCUUAUGCCUUUGUCUAUUUUUAGGAAACUAGAAGGUGAGCUAGGAGUGAUCGAAUCGAUACAUGUGUCCUUGCAGCUGGUGGAUCAGACCACAAUCAUACCUGAAGGGAUAAUGGAAGACGUGCUGAUUUGGGUAGACAAAUUUGUGUUCUGGUGGACUUCAUUGUGGUGA